GGGGGGGGAUAAAAGCUGUCGAGGAGAUGGGACAGGACAGAGCCGGACAUGUGAAAGGUUGAUUCAGGUUCAGGGUUUUUUUUUGAUAGAUGGAUGGUUUGACAAAGGUCAGUGAUGAAAAGACAAAAUGUGUGAUAUAAGGAAAGAAGAGUUGCCAAUUAUGGAGCCAGAGAAAUGUGGAGAGAGGAGAAAUGGUGCGAGUGUAGAUGGGACACGGAAGUGGAGGGAGAGGGAGGGUUUGAUAGCUGGAGAACUUGGAUAGGCGACAGUUCUAGUCUGGAUUCUUCUUCAGACUGAUUGUAGUGCUGAGAGGUGGGGACGGGACAAAGAGGUGGGGACGGGACAAAGUCACUUGCCAGGUAAUCUGAAACGUAAACUAAAAAAAAAAUUUAAAUACUCAGCAGAUCAAGCAGAUAUAGCUGUAAUGUUUAGGAUGAAUUGAAAGGUAGAGAAAUCUCAUUUUUUUAAAGAGGGCUUUUCAAUUCUUGUAUCUGCAUAAUGUCAAUAAUUGUUCACCAUUGGCAUCAUUAGUCAAGAGAGUGUAUAAUUGUCAUAUGUGGUGACAAUAGAACAAUUAAGUUCUUAUUUGCACCAGCUUAAAAGAUCCUGAACGUAUUGCACACAGAUAUCAAUAUAAAUAAUCAAAACAAUUCAGUAAAUGAGUAACUGCAACAGUAAACAUAAUGCACACAGAUUAAACAGUAAUCAAAAAAAUUAAAUUAAUAACUGCACUGGAACAAAAAAAAGUAUGCAACCAGAGACGGUUCAUCAAAAGUCAAUAGUUGAGGUUAUUGUUGUGUUGCAUUUUGGAGCCUGAUGGUUGCUAGGAAGCUGUUCUUGAACCUGCUGAUCAUAGAUUUCAGGAUCCUGUACCUUCUUACUGAUGAUAGGAGCGAAAUGUGAACAUGGCCAGGGAGAUAUUGGCUGCCUUUUUGAGGCAAGCCAUCUACACAUCCCUUCGAUGGUGAGGAGAUCAGUUCACGACCAGACUACCUGCGUCUACCUGUAAUCAGUUUAGAGGCUGAUUUCAGUUAAAGUUACCCUGCUGCAAUUGGAAUCCCUUAGCUUUGGCUCUUGGUAAACAAGAUCUCCCCUGUGGAAGCUGUUUGUGCAUGUAUUCCAUUUGUAACCAUGGCACCUGUUAAACAAUUGAUCAAACACAAAAUUAAAUUAGGGAGAGUUACAAGAGACUAUAGAAUUUGAAACAAAAAUUAAACUGCUGGAAGAAUCUCACUGUGAUUUGUCAUAUGUCAUUCAUUCUUUCAGUGGCUCAAACUGUUUCUGUAUUGGUCGACAGUCAGUCCUGAAGCUUCCAGCGAUGUUACUUGAACUGUUGAUUUACUCAGCAUGUUACAUUUUGUUAUAACAUAUAACUAACCUGAAAAGUUGAGAAAUAUAAAAAAUACAGAAACAGAGAAUACCAAAGAAGCCGUACAGGCAACCCGCACUUACGGAGGAGUAAUCCCGAUUUCCAAUUUUUAGUUUUAGAAAUACAGCAUGGAAACAGGCUCUUCAAUCACCGUGUCCACACCAACUAUUGAUUACCUAUUCACACUAGUUCUAUGUCAUCCCACUUUCUCAUCCACUCUGCACACCAGGGAACAAUUUAACCUACAAACCCCAAAUAGACUCAAAAUGCUGGAGUAACUCAGCAGGACAGCCAUCUCUGGAGAGAAGGAAUGGGUGAAGUUUCAGGUCAAAACCCUUCUUCAGACAGAAUCAGGGGAGAGGGAGACAUACAGAUAUGAAAGGGUAAGUUGUGAAAACUAGAUUAAAGGGGACGAUGAUCAACGGAAAUGUAGAAUGGUUCAUUGAUAGUUGAGGGUAAUGUGACAACCUGCUGAGUUACUCCAGUAUUUUGUGUGUGUCUAUCUUCGGUGUAAACCAGCAUCUGCAGUUUCUUCCUACAAAUUUAACCUACGUCUUUCGGUUGUGGGAGGAAACAAGGGUCCCGGAGGAAAUCCACGCGGUCACAGGGAGAAUCUGCAAACGCCAAUAAGGUUUGUACUCGGACCUCUGACGCUGUGAGCUGCGCACCCUUUACUUUUCUGUACACCGCAGAGUUUACAGGUGUGCAGGAACGAGUUAAGAGAGAAAACAACAAAUACAUCUUUGCGCAUAGGGCUGUGACAUCGCGGCGUCCUUGUUUACAUUUCACCGGCAUGGCCUCCUGCUCUGGAGCAGCAGAAACCAAAUAUACUAGAUCUAUAAUCUUUGGCAGAAACCCACCUUCGGCGCCGAUAGCUAACCGGCGCCCAGCGCGAGGCGUCGCGAGACUAGAGGCCGCAUGUCACAAACGGUUUUCGACGCGCGACGUUUGUAGACGUUGCCGGGCUGUGGGAAUGAGGGCGGCCGCCCUUCUCCAUGGCACCGCUCUCCGGGGGAGGGAGCACUGCUACUCGACUUGUUAAAAUGACACACUGACCCCUGCCCUGUUGUACAGAUGCCGUCAAACUUCAAAACAUUGUUUCUUUACAUCCUCAUUAUUGAGAUCAAACAGAGCCUGGCGUCGGCGAAGAAAGCGAACGCAGACACCGGCGUUGACUUGUUUCAAAAUGAAGGUGCUGCCCUGUUUAAAGUUGUGUCUUUUGACACACCAACAGGUGUUACACUUGCAAUUACCUUUGCAAGCAAAGUGAAAAGUAACUACGAAAUUGAUUGGAAUGCUGUGCAGCAGGAACACAAGAAACGGGUUCUAACAUCAGUUAUUGAACAAUGCAAGGAUAAACUAUGGUGCAAUGCACCAACAGCUCCAUAUAAUUUUGUUGAAGUAAUUCUACAAAACCUUGAUGAAAGUAAAAAAUUUGUUAAAAUUGUUAACAUUGAACCACUUAAGAAUCGAGGAUAUGAUUCUUCAGUAAUUGGGAAACAUGGUUGUGAUGCUUAUCCAUGCAUGAAUAAUGGAAAGUGUGUUUUAAGGCCAGAUAACUCACUUGGAUACGUAUGCAUUUGCUCCUCCGAAUAUUCUGGAGACUUCUGUCAGUCUGCUACGAGUACAAAUAAAUCUUCAUCUCCGUUUCUAACUUCUGGAUGUAUUGUGGUGCUAGUUCUCCUUAUUGCAUUAGGUUACCUUAUUUACUUGCAUUUUUUCAAGACAAGGAAAUGUCAAAGAACUGAAAAAGGAAAAACCGAUCGACGCCCACGUUCUAGAGCUACACGCAAGACUUCUUUAGAACCUGAAGAUUCCGAUUACAAUGAUACAGAUUUUCCAACACAAAAUGAUGAACAGAAAAAUGUUAGAUUUCAAGUUGAAGCAGUACGAUAUGAGUUUGAAAAUCCAGACUUAUAUAACGAUGAUGCAAGUUCAAGUGAGAAUUUUGUGAAUUUGGGAGAAAAAAAUACCUAUCCUGACAUCACAAAAAGUAUCCCUAACGUUUCAACCGAUUUUACAGAUGAUGGAAACAAACACCCAGAAGAGAACAAUGUAAGACAUUGUUCACAUGAAGAACCAAAUAAUGCGAAGACUCAACCAACAUCUGCACCAUCUGUUCAAGCUGGCAUUGAGGAUGAUUCCAAAUAUGAAUACGUUGAUGACUGCAUACCGUCAUCUGACAGUGAAAGCACAGCAAAUAGAAAUGUACCACCAAGUUCCCAAUCUGAUUCAAUAAAAUCUACAUUUUUAAAAGACGAUGACGAUUUUGAAAGCAUCGAUUCCAGCAGUUCACCUGACAACGGUUGGGAGACGCCAGGCCCAAUGCCAAAUGAAGACUUACUUGACAAAAAACAUUAUUAUUUAGUAAGCAUUGAUAAGCUUAAAUCUACAAAGGAUGAAGAAUUCCAAAAAGAUGACUUACCAACACAGAAAGAGUUCAUAGAUGAAUACUCCUCUAAAGCUGCUUCCGAAGUCCUUGACCAGUUCAACCAUGACUGUGAUUCAAGUAGUCAAUCUACAGACUGUUAUUCAUGUGCUGAAGAAUCAACAUAUUGUGCUCUAAAUAACAUUUCUUUACAAGACAACUGUGAUACUCUUGUUUACAUUCCAAGGAGAUCAACAGAUAAUAAUCCUUCGCAAGCAUCUGCAGUACAGGAUGAUAGCAAAGAUAACUCUCGUGUAAAGGAGCAAAAGCUGGUGUUCCCUCGGCAUACAAAGAGUGGUGCAGUUGUUUAUCGACUUUGUGAUCCUGACGCUGAAUCCAAGGACUAGUUUUAAAGUGCAAAAACACAGUUAAUAAUAGCACUCACAGCAGAAACUUGAGCAUAAGAGAAAAGUGGACUGAGACUCUCAUACAGUGCAGAGAGUGCUGCAGUUCCAGAAGAGCAGCAACUCAGACUACUGUAGAUAUUAACAUCAUGAAAACACCGCGUGCCCUUCCAAGUGAACAUUAAAAAAAUCAGCUGGUAUUGCCAGGUUUCCUGCAACACAAUAGGGUCGAUUUUUUAAAAACAUUGGUUGGCACUAAAGAACAAUGGGACAUCUUGAGAUUUCAUAAGGCGCUAUGCAUGUUGGGGCCUCACACAGAUUCUGGGGAGAAAUUUCUCUGAUCACAGGCAUCCGAUGGGAGUGGGGUUAUCAGUUAUCAUCUCCAUUGAAGACAAAAAGAAAGAUGUCUACAAAUAGUUGUCAAUACUUUAGCAACAAUAUAAUGCCAGCUUAGAUAAUGCUUCAUUUUUGCUGCAUCUUUUUGAAUCUACUUUUGUGGUACAAACUUUAUUACAAAAAUAAAAUGUUCACAGGCAAUGUAACGAUUGAAAAAAAAAAGAAUUGUCACAUGGAUCGAGGAGAUGUGAGUUGCAAAUUAUCAAACAACUGUUCAAGUGUUUGUCUCUCAACCUUGUGAGCCUGCCCAAAAUUGCUAGAAAGCUGCAAGGCUGCAGAAGGUUGCUGCUGUUCUAUUGCAACCUAAGAAACACAUUGAUGGGUUUUUUCACUCUUCCCAUUGCCUUUAAUUUUGAAACUAAUUGCAAAUUAAUGAUAAUUGUUUGGCAUAACAUUGAUGUAAACCAUAUUUGAAAAACUACAUGUGGAAAUCAAUCCUUUACAUACAUUCAGGAAUGCAACCAUAUAAUAGCAUUUAAAUAAAAUACAAAAGGCACAAAUUGAAUAGUGCCAAACUGGACAAAAAUGUCAUUGAUACUGUUUAUUCGAUAAAAAACACUUAGAAUAUUAUCUUCCAAAUAACAUGAUAAUAUAGGCAGAAUUACCACUUUAGGACUGUUACCCAUUUCAUGCCUUAAAUUUAAUUGGUUAAGAAGACAAUACAACAAUCUCGAUUUCCUACCGAUCUCGCUAAAUUGUAAUCAUUUUGCAAUUGCAGUAAAAUCAAUUGAAGUGACAGCAUACGGGGAAAAAAUUCCAUAAUUUCUGUCACAUCAAGGUGUUUGGCUCCAAAAAAUUCUGGAUCAAUUUAUCUUGCUGCUUUUUCUCAACUUUCAUUUCUAUGUGUUAGUUAACUACACAUUAAUGUAAUUUUAAUGGCAUGGAGAUCUGAUACGUCAUUGUUAUUUUUAACCCUACUUGUUCAUUAGAAGCUAUAUACACAGGACAGUUAAAAUUAUAUGGUUAAUUACUGCUAGAGAGAAGCAGCUUACCAAUUGUUCCAGAUGCAAAGACCUUUCGUCUGUUUAAGAAGGAACUGCAGAUGCUGGAAAAACCGAAGGUAGAUAAAAAUGCUGGAGAAACUCAGCGGGUGAGGCAGCAUUUAUGGAGCGAAGGAAUAGGUGACGUUUCAGGUCGAGACCCUUCUUCAGACUGAUGUGGUGGUGGUGGGGGCGGGAAGAAGAAAGGUCUAAUACUGUCCUCAGUGUGAGCAGGAGUACUUUUUUGGAACUGAAAGGAAUUUGGCAGCCCCUGGCUUUCGGGAUUCUUCCCAUAAUAAAGUUAUAUCAUGGAACAUGCAAUUUAUUUUAAUCUGAACUGAUAAUGCUGUUGUUAAUCAAGAAAGCUAUUAUCUUCUUAGUAAAUUUAGUCAACAACCC